AUGGCCUUGUCUUUCACUGAAAAGCCCCCGCAGGGGAGGGUCCCUUAUGCGAUCCCGCAAUUGGAGGGCGAACGCAUCACAAUCCCCGGCAGCAAAGGAGCCUUUCGCAUUCUGGCUUCCUCCAAGCAGACCAAUGGCCUCAUGGCUGUCUUUCAGAGCGGAGCAGUCCUUUCGGACGCCCCAGGCUUUCACUAUCACAACCACGCCCAUGAUGUCUUCCUGGUGACCAAGGGCUUCUUAAAACUAUGGAAUGGAGACAAAUGUCGGAUAAUGGGGCCUGGAGAUUUCGCCUAUGUCCCUCCCACUGUGGUUCAUAACCCGGAAUUGCUAGGACCACAUACAGAGACCUACGGCGUCGUUACUCCCGGCGACUGGGUCGACUUCUUCCGCUACGUCUCCGAGCCCUAUGAGGGGAUCCUGGUUCCGGAGAACGACGAACGCGACCUCAAAGCGCUAUUGAUACCCAAAGUGAUGGCUGCGAAGCAGGACUUUGACGUCGUGUUCCAGCCAAACUACCAACCUCCUGCACUUGGGGACUGGAGUGCGGACGAGGAGAAGCUCCCCGAAUCGCCACAACCAUAUUUCCUGCGUGCCAACACGGGUCCCAAAUGGAUGCUGGGAGGUGUCAUGUCCCGACCGUUUAUCACCACCCGUCAGAGUCAGGGUGUCUGCGCCAUUUCCAGCAUUGAAUCCUCCAAAACAUACGGCGAAACUCUACUCUCUAAAUUCUUGACCUUUCAAUCGGUGGAUCAUUGCUUAUGUGUUCAGGAAGGGACGUUGACCGUGCAGCUGAAGGAUGGCCCCGAGUCGACUUUCCGCGAAGGGGAAACGGUUGUGAUUCCGGCUGGUCAGGCAUUUGCCCUGAGAUUUGCCAGUCGGUAUGUGCGGGUCUGGUCAUUUACCGAUGGCGAUGGAAUUGAGACUUUGAUCCAUCGGUUAGGCACACAGUUCGAAGGCGCUGUCUUACCUGAUCAAGUGCCGAACUGGAACCCGGCGGAGGUCGGGUCUGUGGCGUCAGAGUUGAAUGUGACCAUUGAACUAUGGAUGAUGGAUGAGUCGCCCCCCAUUCACACCGCGGGUGAUGAUUCUCUUCCCCCGCCGCGGGCCAAACGCCCUCGCGCUGCACAGGCAUGCGACCGCUGCAGGGCCAAGAAGUACAAGUGCGACGAGCAGGGAAUUACCGCCAACGCGAAAGCAGCCGGUCUGCACGGCAGAUAUGUUGCUGAUCUAGAGCGCAAAGUAGACGAGCUGACGGCUCGACUAAGGUCGGCAGAGGCGGACACUACAUCUCAGCAUUCCUCACGGUCCCAGAAGGUAGUAGUACAACCAAGCUCGGGGGUCAAGCAAGCUCCUCCCCCUCCUCCUCCCGUAGGCGUUGAGGCGACCCCAUUGUCGCUGCCUCGCGCUGCAUCCACGCCGAGGGAAGAAGCGCCUUUCAUUUACGAACACCAAGAGGAGGCUGGGGAGUCGGUAGGGGAUGAAAUCAGCGAACUGAACCAUCACACCAACGGUAUCGAGUUUCACGGCAGCACUUCAUCUGCAGCUCUCCUAGGACAUCUCCAGAAGGCCCGGGAACCGCAACGGUCCUUGGAGCGACGGGACGCACGUCUUGAGGAUCCGGGGUAUUCAAUUGUCUCCACGCUGCAUAAUUCGAGCUUUUCACCCUCGGGUACAGGCUCCGCCCAGCCCUUGACAUUACGGGAACAGAAUUAUUACUUUGAGCAGGCUCAUGCUUUUAUCAACGGCUAUUUUGAAAAUAUCCAUUUCAUCCACCCUCUCAUUGAUAAGGAGGACUUUUUGUUACGCGCGCACAGUCUCUGGUUCAACCGUGGCGUUCAGCCGGAGCCCAGUUUUGUCGCUUUGUAUCUGAGUAUCCUGUCGUUUGGGGCCCUGGUCCGGGUUUGGGAUGAGGACAGGCUGGGUGGACUGACUCGGUUCGAAUGGAGUAGAAAGUUGUUUGGAGAAGCCCAGAUGUACCUCAACUACCUGCAAUUCUCCAAUACCUUGAUUACGGUGCAGUGUUUAUACCUAAUGGCUAAGAUUUGUCAGAACGAACUGAACCCAAACCUGGCAUACAUGUAUCUGGGACUGGCUAUCCGCACAUGUCUAGCUGCUGGAUUCAAUCGUGAAGUGCGCAGUUCGACAGAGCAACGCUCGGAGUGGAUUUCAAAGACGUGGUGGGGACUGUUCUCUUUGGAAAUUGAAAUGAGCUUUUCAGUAGGCCGUCCGGAUACUCUAGGCAUGGAUGAGUACCACAACCGAGCGCUACCUGAACGGGACGACUCCGAGUACGCUGUCAUCCCAUGGAUGGUGGAUUUUGCAUACAUUAUCCGCAAGGUUUCUGUGCAGAUAUAUCAUUCGCGCAUUACGUUACAAGAGAAGCUGCAUCUCGCACUCCAAAUCGAAAACGAGCUCGACCGGUGGAUGGCGAGACUGCCGGACAGGAUCAAACCCGACAUUGUUCAGCGCGCAACAGGAGGGGCAUUGAGGGAUCCCAAAUGGGCACGGAGACAACGCUUAGUGCUCGGCUACUACAAUGUGAAAAUGCUCCUCUUCCGACCAUUCCUCAGUUACUUCACACGCAAAUUACGACAUACGCCUAUGGAACUGGAAGAAACGAUUGCCAAAUGUCUCGACGCAGCAAUGAAAACCAUCCAAGUCAUUUACGAUAUCUACCGAAUCCACACAUUCUUCCGCUGCUGGUGGUACAACACCACAUAUGUCAUGUUCGCUACAUCCACCCUCCUCCUCCCCAUGUCCAAACUAGGCAUGUGCGCCGAAACCAUCCCGCUUCGCCGCUCCGUCGAAAUGGCCGUCGAGAUCCUCGAAGCAAUGGAUGAAUCCGUGGUGGCGCGUAAAUCUGUUGAGAUUAUUAAACACUAUCUGCGAGAAUUCCGGCCCAUCGACGUCCAAACCGCUACCACACCAUCUAGUAGCAAUGACGGGACCAAAAUUGCCGACUUCACUGCUGACCCAGAAGCUGCUGCUGCUGCUGCAUCUGCUUCGGGUACUUCUCAGACAGGGUUUGAUAUUCCGGAAUGGGCAUAUGGCUUCGGGUUCCCGGAUUGUUCCUUUGAAGGGAUCGCUAGGCUGUUUGAUGAUUUGGGAGGUUUGCCGAUGUUGGAUGGGUGA